AUGCCCUCUGAAGUCAACCCCGCCAACAUCCAGGGCAGUAUCUGGCCCCGUCUCCCACGGUACUAUGAAAGCUUCCUGUUUUUUAAGAUCAAAGACCUCGAAGAUGAUGGCUACUACACCGCGUUCAAAGAACACUUGAAGAAGCUGGUGGAUGACGGCAAGAUCACCACUGGCAGCCAGUGCAAGGAGUAUUUCGAGAGACAUGACGGCGUUAAUGAGGCCCGGGAAAGGGUGGACACUCGUCCCGAGGAUCGCGAAACGUUCAAUGCGAUCAACAUUACCUUCUCCGGCAAGGGUACGAGCAAGCUCCUUGGGGGGUAUGACCACCUGAAGCUCCGGGACCUGCUGCAUGAGCGCGGUAUGUACCAGGAUAUGGUCAACGAAGGGCCCGACGAGACCGAAUCCCUGGCCCCCGAAUACCGGCCGCCCCCGGGCUGGCCGGCUAAAAACGACGACUGGCGGUGCGACGGGAUGUUCAUCAUCGGCGCCCAGCGUGAAGAGGACCUGGAGGCCACGGUCAAGGACCUCAAGAGCUACUUCCACAUCGCCGACGAUCAUACCGUUGACGCCAAGGAGGCCAGCGCGAAGAUCACGCUGAUCAAGAAGGGACACGUUCGCAAUGCCGAUGGCAAAGCGCAGCGGAGGUUGAUUCCCGAUGAGAAGGACCCCUCAAAGAAACGCCUGGAGAACCUCCGGGGCAAGGAACAUGUGAUAUUCCUCAACCGCCGUGGGGACAACACCAGGUCGCCGGCUUGGGCCACAGAUGGCAGUUUUUUAGUCUUCCGCGAGAUCGAGGAGAGAGUGCACGAGUUCAACGAGUACAGGUCCCCUGUGGCACUGGACACCGAGAACUCGGUGGCUCAACAUCCCUUUGCCAACAACUUCGAGUUCAAGAACCAAUAUUCCCACCCAAGUGAGAUUAAGUGUCCGAUUGCCGCGCACAUUCGGAAGAUGCGUCCUCGCGCCGACCUCUAUAUCUCGAAAGAUGGCGGGGAGGUCUCUGCGCAGGAAAACUACUGGAACAACACAAAUGUGAUCCUGCGUCGCAGCGUCACGUUUGGUCCAGAAGUCCAGUCGGGCGAAGAGAAGCUGGACCCCUCAAAGCGCCCCAAGCGAGGCAUUUACUUCCUGUGCUACCAGGGCGACCUCCGGAAUGGCUUCAACUUCCUAACCAGUCGCUGGGCCAGCAACGAGGUCUUUUCGGGAAAGAAGGGGUGGGAGAUGCGCCCUGGCCAGGACCCCAUCGUCAGCCAACGCAACCGCCCCGAACAUCCGGAGCCCACGUUCGGCAUCUACGACGGCGACAAGCCCAGUGUGCUGAAAUUGGGCUAUCUGCCGUGGAUCGACCAGCGCGGGGGAGAGUAUUUCUUCACGCCGUCAAUGGAGGCAUUGCGGGGAGUGUUGGUGGAAGAGCCGGAGUAG